AUGAGUAAACGCAAAAAUACCGGUACGGAAAAUAUAAUUUCGGAGUUUGAGGAAUUUAAACUUCAAAAAAUUGUACAACACGCUCUUUUGAGCGGUGGUACCGUUCAAGUUUUUGAUAAAGGCACGAAUUCCAUUGAGAAUACAAGAAGGAUUCUUAUAGAUGCUACCAAUUCGCCGAGGCAAGGAAAAGGAACCGGUUUUUCAGUUAGUGUGAACAAUAGUAUUUCCCAGCGGGUAUCGGUGCCGCAGAGCUUCCCUCAACUGCCGCAGUGGAAUCGGAACGCACAAGUCGCGGUAGGUCCCCAAACAUCAACCAGUCGUCUGCAAGCUCAGCGAGAAGCGGCCGAAGCGGGCCCGUCGCGCUAUUCGUUGUCGUGCGACUCAACGAGUGCGCGUGUGGAGCAUCAACGGACGACGCAGGCCGCCCCGACGCCGACAGUGUUGCCCCCGCGAAAUGACUUAAACGGCCGCGGUUUGCCUGUAAUUUGUGUCGCGUCUCACAGUCAGUACACACCCGCGUCCAACAUUAAUACGAACGGCAGUUUAAGCGCCCCCAACCCCUUGAUUGGCGGGCGAUACGGGGUCGGGGGCUACGGGGCGCCGGGGACGCUGUGCCCAAACGGCGGCCUGGAGGCCCCGCGGCUGGGGCUCGGCGGCGCGGGGCCGGCGCCCGGCGCGGCGGCCCUGGCCGUCGGCCAGCCUCUGGGGUCGGACGGGCAGCGCCAGCAAGUCUGUGACCGGCUCCGCAAACGCAUCCAGAGCUACCGCAAGAGAACCCGAGACCAAUACGACAACCACCAGCGGACGCAAGAAAAGUCGAACGAGGCCAUCGCGCAGGACACGUCUGUGCUGAAGAGCAGACACAUUGAGGGCAAGUCCAAGCGGCAGCCGAAGAAGUCCGAGAAGAAGACUGAGCCCACGGUUGCCCCCAUGGCCCACCUCCACGGCCAGCAGCCGCAAGCUCCGGCAGCACAGGCUCAGAUGCCGCCGGCACAGCCGCCGCAGCAGCAGCAGCCACAGCAAAAGUACCUGAAGCGCAACUUGAACGACCUGCACGAUGGUGAGGCGUCGUUCGAGCCGCCUACCAAGAUGCAGUGCACUGGUGGCCCUCAGCAGCAACAGCAGCAGCAGGGCAAUCGGAUACCUCCGCAGGGCAGCGACCCCAUGGUGGCCAAAAUGGUCGCCGAUAUUCAGUUGGCGUCGGUUGCGCAGGCGCAGCAGAUGUCGGCCAACGUGAGCAACGCCAAGGUGUCCAAGAGCAACGGCGACUCGGCGGCGACGGCGUCGCCGGUGCCAGAGCGCGGCGCCACUCCUAAGUCAAACCCAGGCACGCCAGCGUCAGCGGCCACGCCGGGCUCCUCGCAGGCCGGCACGCCGCAGCAGGGCCGCGCCUCUGACUUCCCCUUAAUCUCCACCGACCUCAAACAGGAGCCCCUGAUGGACUAUGAUUAUUCGCUGGAACAUUGCGCGCUGGCCAUCAAAGAGGACGAAGACAAAGGCUUCACAGUCAACCCGUCGCAAGAUGUCUUCGACAUGACUGCCUUUGAACUGAACGGCACCGAGUUCAGCGAUUUUCCCUUUUCAGAGGACGAACUGGAGGUGGCGCGGCCGGCGCCGCCUCAGGCUCAGGUGCCUUCUGUGCCGAUGCCUAUGAACGAGAUGAAGCUUGGCGUGCACAGUCCAUCAGGGGCGCAGUGCUCGCCCCAGUCAGCCAUGUACGAGGCGCCAAAAGGCAACCUGCAGGCGCCGGCCUACAUCGCCACCGAGCAGCUGCGAAACAUAGCCAAAAACCACAACCAGAAUAACAAUAUCUACAGUCCUGGCCCAGUGGUGCCCCCUGCGCCAGGCGCAGCCCCCAGCUCGCAGCACACGCUCGGCCCCAGCGGAAACUCUUUUGGCUUCCCCGGCGGCAACGAAUCGGCCGCCUUCAUGCACAGUCCUGGAGCGGGCCCCCCGCCGCCGCCUUACCUCGCCAAGCAGCAACAGCAGCACCAAGCUCCCGCGGGCGCCUUCAGCGACAACUUGAUGCCCAACUUCACUCUGGACCAGAAGCGGCAGCUGUCCAUGCAGCAGCAGCUAAGCCAGAAGCUAGCCUACACCAACAAGCAGCAGCCGCCGGUGCCUGGGCCUCUGAUGGUCCCCCAGCAGCAGCAGCCGCAGGCCCAGCCGCCCCAGCUGAGCCACCAGCAGCCGUCACCGCAGCAGGCGUACCAGCCGUACGGCAGCCCGAAUCACGGCAGUCCCCGCUUCGUGGGCAGCGGACACUUCGGAGGGCCCACCACCCCUACCCAGCCCAAUCGACCCCCCUCGCACCCCAACAACGCGGCGGCUGGCUCGCUGCUCAUGCCGCAGCAGAUGCACCUUGGUCAGCAGCCUGGUCAGCAGCAGGUGACGUCCAACCACUUACAGAUGACUGUGGAGAUGAACAAGGCUAGUCCAGGCGGCGUGCAGCCGCAACAGCCGCAGCAGCAGCCGCAGGCUCACUUCUUCCAGCAGCAACAACAGCAGCCGGGCCCGAUCGGGGGCCCUGGUGGGCCGAACGAGGCGUACCAGUUGCAAACGAUAAACUUCACGCAGCAGACACUGCGGCAGCGCAACCCGCGCGCUCCAGGGCCCUUGCAGCCCGACGGCCCCGGCAGGCCGGGCACCAUAGAGCAGCAGAAGAUGAUGCACUUGUUAGCCCAGCAGCAACUGAUGCGCCAACAGCAACAGCAGCAACAGCAACAGUCCCAACAGCAGCAGCACCAACAGCAGGGCAUGGCCCAGCGGGGCCCACCACCAGAGUACAAACACAAUCCGCACCACCUGCAGCAGCAGCAGCAACAACAGCAACAACAACAACAACAACAACAACAGCAGCAGCAGCAGCAGCAACAGCGCUUCACUGCUCAGCAGGUGCGGCAGGCGGCGAUGCGGCAACAGUCUAUGCCACCUUCCGGGCCGAUGAUGCGGCCGCAGGGACAGAUGAUGGGUGGCGGCGGUGGCUAUCAGCAGCCGCAACAGCAGAUGAACGCGAUGGGUGCCAGAUCUCCUUAUGUCUCCCGGCACCAGCGUCCACCCAACGUCAGCGUCGGGCCCGAGGGUUUUAACACCGCGGGUCGAGCUGGACCACCGCCGGGCGCCGGCGGCCACGAUUGGCGCCACAUGAUGCUCAGCAACUCAAACUUCCCGCCAACCGGCAUGCACCCCCAGCAGCAGCCACAGCAGCAGCAAAUGCGGCCAAACAACUUCAACCCCCACGCAGGUCCGCCUCCCAACUCAUUCGCACCAAGAGGUUCCUAUGACAGUGGCGGAAUGGUCCACCGAAUGAUGCAUCCGCACAGUCAGCAGCAGCAGCAACAACAACAACAACAACAGCAGCAGCAGAUACUGCGGCAGCAGCAGGCUGGUCUGGGAAGCCCCAUGGGCCCCAACAGUAUGGGGAGCCCUAUGGGUCCUAACAGCAUGGGCAGUCCGAUGGGCCCUGGCGGCAUGGGCGGGCCCGUGCUGAUGGGCCAGCAGCAGCAACAACAGCCUCACAUGCAAAACCACCACCCCGGCCCCCCACAAUCAAAUCAGAUGUCGAUGAAUAUGCAUAUACCACAGACGAUGUCGGCGAACGGUCCACUGGGUGCGCAGCAGCCGUUCGGAGGCAGCGUUCGUAGCUCUGGCGGCGUCGGCAAUGAUAUGUCGAACGACUUUGGGCUGGACUUCCUCGACUCGCUGCAACAAGACUUUCAGUCGGAGGAGUUGAUGAGUUCGCUUGUUGACGCCAACGAAGGAUUCUCCUUCUCCGACAUGUGAGCACACACAAACGCCAAAAGUGCGUGCAGCAAACAGUGCCAGUGAGAGAGACGACUCUUCUCCGAAAUUCGCCAUAUUACGAAAGUGUAUAGAUGCAUUUACGACGAAAAAGAUGUAUUAUAUAUAUUGUAAACGAUAAGGGCAGGCGUGUGAGACACGGCCAGCUCCAUCAUUUUCCUCUCGUUGUGGCAUUUUAGAUCGUAAGGUGUACAUAAGCAGGCGGAAGACACAAGAAGAAACAAUUGUAUUUAUUGAAAGCGCGUCGCAGCAGCCAGUUCGGUUGCUCAAAGGUGUACAUAUUUGUACGAAUCGUAUAUGUAAAUAACUAGAAGCGGCGCGGACUGACCCCUCGUACGUUUGUAGAUUGUCCAGGUGUUGAAAAAGUACGCUGCACUGCCAAUAAUUAUGUGAGUCGAUCCGUGCGAACUGGAGUUGGCGGUACUUAACGAAAGCGCGCAAUUCGGUAAGCAAGCCGAGGCUGUCUCGUUCACACCCGCACACAAGUACUGAAAUUUGAGCAUUUCCGAAAAAGCUUCAUUCUAAAAACGAUCAAGACACACACGUUAGCUUGUACUACGGUCACCUGAUUUUGUAAAAAUUUAAAUGCCGAGAGAGACACACGCUAGAGGAAACGGGUUCCAAUUGGACACGCAAGCAAUUUUCUCAAUUUACUUUUGCACUCCUCUUCGCGCUGUUUAGAUUUUCUUGAUCAUCCUACUUGGUUCUUAGAUCAAUCUUAGAUGAGAAUUUGGAAAACGUUCUAAAUUUUAAGAAAAACAUUCCCAAUCUGAAAAAUGUUCCCUGCAAGAAGUGCAGUAAGUCACUUUAUUUUUUACUCUGUAUCUGGCGCCUAGCAAAGUCAUUCAGAUGAAAAUUGAAACCCGUUUCUAUUAAAUGUGAAGUGAUAGUUCGCAAGCGAUCAAACAUACCAAAAUCAACUUGGUAUUAAUUAAGGUUGAUCCUGCGCAAAAUGUUUUAACAUUUUAUUCAAUUUUGAAAGGUAAAUAAGUGGGGCCCUAAAAUUAGUAAUGGUAAAAUGCGACGAAACGAUGCUAUGUUUUUGAAAUGAAAGUCACAGCUUAUUUCUAGUUUGAUCGCUCAAUCAUUCAUACCAUUUUUAUGUUAAAAUAAAAUUGAAACCAAAUGACAGUUUAACUUGUCCUUCAUGCUGAAUCACUGCAAAUUUAAAAAUUGAAACUAAGACCUGAAAUUGUUGCAUCUUUCAUGUUGAUGUUAUUCGUUUAAAUUUUCCCUGUAAUCUUUCGCUUAUUGCGAUGUUUAUGAUUUGACCAUAUCAAAAAAAGAAGUACAUGGUUUCUUUUGUUAGCCCUGCAUCACAACUAAGACAGCAGUAUGCAGCAUAAUCGGUCCUUCUAUUUUUCAACAAAUCGUAGCUUAAAUCCUUGAAAUAUUUCUGCUUAAAAAUUUUGUCACGGGCUUACCAAACUAAAGAGCACAGUGCGAUGAGCCAUUUUAUAACCUAAAGCCCCAGCAACAAAAUUCACAUCGCAACGCAAUCUGUCUACAAAGUACUAAAAAAUUAAUUAACUGCAAAUUUCCCCUCAGCCUAAUUUAUUUAUUUAUUUUUAACGUUGCCUCUUAAUCAAAGAAAGCACUGGUUAAAGUUGUGAUUUUCAUUUCAAAAACGAUCAGAUUCACUAAAAUAAUGUUACGUUGCCGCGAGAAGAAUCAAAGACCUUCUCUUUCACACUCUGCGUAGAAUUCUAGCCUACAGUGUAAGCCUCCUUCUUGCGAUCUGCUUUAGCUUGUUGACGCAUUCGUUGUAGAAAUUUAGAAGGCUAGACUCUCGCGAGAAAAUGUACGCCGUGCUUCCAAAUGCACCUGAGAAAAAUUGCAUCACCGCAACGCCGCGUUUUUAACAGAAACAAAAUGU